AAUGGCUUCACACCCCUCCAUAUCGCCUGCAAGAAGAACCACAUCCGUGUGAUGGAGCUGCUGCUGAAGACGGGUGCCUCCAUCGACGCCGUCACAGAGUCCGGCCUGACUCCCCUGCAUGUGGCUGCCUUCCUGGGGCACCUGCCCAUUGUCAAGACGCUGCUGCAGCGAGGAGCCUCUCCGAACGUGUCCAAUGUGAAAGUGGAGACACCCCUGCACAUGGCAGCCAGAGCUGGGCACAUGGAUGUGGCGAAGUACCUGCUGCAGAACAAAGCCAAAGCCAACGCCAAGGCCAAGGAUGACCAGACUCCUCUGCACUGUGCUGCGCGCAUUGGCCACACUGGCAUGGUCAGGCUCCUGCUGGAGAACAACGCCAACCCCAACCUGGCCACCACCGCGGGGCACACACCCCUGCACAUCACCGCCAGAGAGGGGCAUGUGGACACGGCCCUGGCGCUGCUGGAGGAGAGGGCCUCGCAGACCUGCAUGACCAAGAAAGGAUUUACCCCUCUCCACGUUGCAGCCAAGUACGGGAAGGUGGAUGUGGCAGAGCUGCUGCUGACACGCGACGCUCACCCCAACGCGGCAGGGAAAAACGGCCUGACCCCGCUGCACGUGGCUGUGCACCACAACAACCUGGAGAUCGUCAAGCUGCUGCUUCCCAAGGGGAGCUCCCCGCACAGCUCAGCCUGGAACGGAUACACCCCCCUGCACAUUGCGGCCAAGCAGAACCAGAUGGAGGUGGCCAGCAGCUUGCUGCAGUAUGGGGCUUCUGCGAACGCGGAGUCUGUGCAGGGCGUCACCCCCCUGCACCUGGCGUCCCAGGAGGGACACGCAGACAUGGUGGCGCUGCUGUUCUCCAAACAAGCCAAUGGCGACCUCGGCAACAAGAGUGGCCUGACCCCCCUCCACCUCGUGGCCCAAGAGGGGCAUGUGCUGGUUGCUGAUGUUCUGGUGAAACAUGGAGUCACAGUGGACGCAACAACCAGGAUGGGCUACACCCCGCUGCAUGUGGCCAGCCACUAUGGGAACAUCAAGCUGGUGAAGUUUUUGCUGCAGCAGCAGGCUGAUGUCAAUGCCAAGACUAAGCUGGGCUACACCCCCCUGCACCAGGCAGCUCAGCAGGGCCACACGGACGUGGUGACGCUGCUGCUGAAGCACGGCGCCUCUCCCAACGAGAUCAGCACGAACGGCACCACUCCCCUGGCCAUUGCCAAGCGACUCGGCUACAUUUCUGUCACAGACGUGCUCAAGAUUGUCACACAGGAAACCGACAUCCCGUCAGUCGGCGACAAGCACCGCAUGAGCUUCCCGGAGACUGUGGACGAGAUUCUGGACGUGUCAGAGGAUGAAGGCACUGCUCAUGUCACAGUAAUGGGUAUGAAAUGUCUGAUGGUAAAGCCCAGGACGCCAGAUUCCAGGGACCAGGAGGGCAAGAGGGAGGUGCUGGAGUUUGUGACCACGACAACACUGGAGCAAACGUAAGAAGCACUGGAUGCUGUCCUGCAGGUCCCCUGCGUCCCACCCGAGACCAUGGUUACCAGAGCAGAGGAGACUGAGCAGCCCUCCAAGGAGUUCGACGAGGACUCCCUGAUCCCCAGCAGCCCGGCCACCGAGACCUCGGAUAACAUCAGCCCUGUGGCCAGCCCCGUGCACACAGGGUUCCUGGUGAGCUUCAUGGUGGACGCCCGUGGUGGCUCCCUGAGGGGCGGCCCCGUCAUUGUGGAGAUCCCACACUUCGCCUCGUAUGGGCGCGGAGACCGCGAGCUGGUGGUGUUGCGCAGCGAGAACGGCUCUGUCUGGAAGGAGCACCGCAACCGCUACGAGGAGAGCUACAUGGACCAGCUGCUCAACGGCAUGGAUGAGGAGCUGGAGAGCCAGGAGGAGCUGGAGAAGAAGAGGGUCUGCCGCAUCAUCACCACCGACUUCCCUCUCUACUUCGUCGUCAUGUCUCGGGUUUGCCAGGACUGCGACCAGAUCGGCCCCGAAGGAGGGUGUUUGAAAAGCACACUGGUGCCCAUGGUUCAAGCUACUUUCCCAGACACCGCUGUCACCAAGAAAGUGCGACUGGCCCUGCAGGCGCAGCCCGUGCCUGACGAGCUGGUGACCAAGCUGCUGGGGAACCAGGCCACCUUCAGCCCCAUCGUCACUGUGGAGCCGCGCCGGAGGAAGUUCCACCGCCCCAUCGGGCUCCGCAUCCCACUGCCGCCGUCCUGGAAGGACAAUCCCCGAGACAGUGGCGAGGGUGACACCACCAGCCUGCGCCUGCUCUGCAGUGUGAUAGGAGGGACAGCCCAAGCCCAGUGGGAAGAUAUUACAGGCACCACGAAGCUGAUCUAUGAAAAUGAGUGUGCUAACUUUACCACCAAUGUUUCUGCCAGGUUCUGGCUGGCCGACUGCCCGCGCACAGCCGAGGCCGUGCACUUUGCCACAAUGCUGUACAAGGAGCUGACAGCCGUGCCCUACAUGGCCAAAUUUGUGGUGUUUGCCAAGAUGAAUGAUGCACGGGAAGGCCGGCUGCGCUGCUACUGCAUGACUGACGACAAGGUUGACAAGACUUUAGAGCAGCACGAAAACUUCACAGAGGUGGCCCGCAGCAGGGACAUCGAGGUGGUGGAGGGGAUGCCAUUGCACGUCGAGCUCUCGGGGAACCUGGUGCCUGUCAAGAAGGCCACUCAUCCCCGCACCUUCCUCUUCCAGUCCUUUCGGGAGAACCGUCUCGCCAUCCCCAUCAAGGUUCGGGACAGCAGCCGGGAAGCCAGCGGCUCCCUGUCCUUCUUGCGCAAGGCCAUGAAGUACGAGGACCUCCAGCACGUGCUCUGCCACCUGAACAUCAGCAUCCCGCCCUGCACCAAGGGAAGCGGGAGUGAGGAGCGGAGGAGGACACUGACGCCGUUGUCUCUGCGGGAGCGAUACAGCAUCCUAAGUGAGACCAGUUUCGGGUCUCUGAGCAGCACAGACAAGGCAGACCAGAAGAUGGUGGACAUAGCAGAGCAGCUGGGCCUCAGCUGGGCCGAGCUGGCGCGUGAGCUGCAGUUUGGGGUGGACGACAUCAACAGGAUACGUGUGGAGAACCCCAACUCCCUGCUGGAGCAGAGCAUGGCUUUGCUUAACCUCUGGGUCAGCCGUGAGGGCAAGAGCGUCAAGAUGGAGAGCCUGUACACAGCACUGAGGAACAUCGACCGCAGCGAGAUUGUCAGCACGCUGGAGGGCUCCGGCCGGCAGAGCCGCAGCCUGAAGGGCAGAGACUACUCACUCUCGCCGUCCCAGAUGAAUGGUUACGCUUCGCUGCAGGACGAGCUGCUGUCCCCCGCCUCCCUGCAUUACACGCUGCCAUCCCCGCUGCGUGCCGACCAGUACUGGAAUGAGGUGGCCAUCAUGGAUGCUAUCCCCAUGGCUGCCACCGAGCAGGAUGCCCUGAUGGAGAUGUCCGACAUGCAGGUGUGGUCCUCGGGGCUCACUCCCUCGCUGGUGACUGCUGAGGACUCCUCUCUGGAGUGCAGCAAGGCCGAGGACUCAGACGCCACAAGCGAAGGCCGGUUCCCAGGGCAGCUUCUAGCAGACACGCAUGGCCCAGACCACAUGGGCUCUAUGGACCUGGUUGAGGAUGACACAGUGGACUCAGAUGCCAUGAAUGGCCUGAUUGACCUUCUAGAGCAGGAGGAGGGGCAGAGGCCGGAGGGGAAGAUGCCAGCCGGUGAUCGCCAGCCUGGGACCGGGGAGCAGGACCCGGAGAGUGAAGUCUCUUUUGUUUCAGUUCAGCAGAAGGUGCAAGCCAGGAUCACGGCAUCACCUACCGUUAGCCAUGUCAUGGAGAAGAGCACAGACAGGUACCGUGGCCUGGGGCACCGGGGUGGCCGCGGGAUGUGGGCUUUCCUGGCCCAGUUGCUGGUCGCCCUGGUGCUGCUGGCCUUCUUCCUGGUCAGCUGCCAGAACGUCAUGCACAUCGUCAGGGGCUCUGUCCGCUUCCUGCUCAAACACGCCCACCGCGAGCUGGACAAGGAGCUCGGGGAGAGCCAGGCUGAGGAGACUCUCUCCACCAGGGUCGUCCGCCGGCGUGUCCUCGUGAAGGGGAACGAAGUCCUUCAUCUCCCUGGAGAGCAGGUGACUGAGGAGCAGUUCACAGAUGAUCAAGGCAAUAUUGUCACCAAGAAGGUCAUCCGGAAGGUUGUGCGUCACCUGGGCCCUGGUGACACGGACAGGCAGGAGCAGGAGCAGCUGAUUCUGGAGGGCUCCGUGCAGGAGCCCCAAGACCUGGAGGUUGAGGACGAUCACUUCAUGAAAUACUCCAUCCUGCACCGGGACGGUCUGGGGGCCAAGGUACAGUGUGAGGUCUCCGGGGGCAGGAUGGGGGCUCAGAUAGUGAAACGAGCCAGCCUGAAAAGGGGGAAGCAGUGA